CCAAGAGACCCAGACGCCAACCUGGAGGUGAGCCCUGAAGAAAGUUGGAACCAUGCUGACCUUGUGCACAAUGAAGAAGCAGACUCAGCCUCUGGAAACCCUACUAUCAAUGCAGAUGAGGAAAACGGGUGUCCCCAAAUCUGCCGUGUAUGUGGAGACAAGGCUACUGGUUAUCACUUUAAUGUCAUGACAUGUGAAGGAUGCAAGGGCUUUUUCAGGAGGGCCGUGAAACGCAACAAACGGCUGUGGUGCUCCUUCCAGAAGGGCACCUGCAAGAUCACACAGAAGACACGGCGACAAUGCCAGGCCUGCCGCCUGCGCAAGUGCCUGGAGAGCGGCAUGAAGAAGGAGAUGAUCAUGUCCGAUGAGGCUGUGGAGGAAAGGCGGGCCCUGAUCAAGAGAAAGAAGAGAGAACAAGCCAGGACUCAGUCAUUGGGAGCGAAGAGUCUGACUGAAGAGCAGUGGACAAUGAUCAGGGAGCUUAUGGACGCGCAGAUGAAAACCUUUGACGCUACCUUCUCCAAUUUCAAGAAUUUCCGGCUGCCGGAGGUGUUUAGCAGUGGCCAUGAGGUUCCAGAGUCUCUGCAGGCACUAUCGGGGUCAGAAGAUGACAAGUGGAGACAGAUCAGGGAAGACAUGCGUCCACUGAUGGUCUCUGUGCAGCUGCGGGGGGAGGACGGCAGCAUCUGGAACUACAAACCCCCCACCAACAGCGACGGGAAAGAGAUCUUCUCCCUGCUGCCACACAUUGCUGACGUGUCAACCUACAUGUUCAAAGGCAUCAUCAACUUUGCCAAAGUCAUCUCCUGCUUCAGGGACUUGCCCAUUGAGGAUCAGAUCUCCCUGCUGAAGGGGGCCACCUUUGAGCUGUGCCAGCUAAGAUCCAACACAGUGUUCAACGCAGAGACUGGGACCUGGGAGUGUGGUCGGCUGUCCUACUGCUUGGAAGACCCUGCAGGUGGCCUCCAGCAGCUUCUCCUGGAGCCUGUGCUGAAGUUCCACUACAUGCUGAAGAAGCUGCAGCUGCACAAAGAGGAGUACGUGCUGAUGCAGGCCAUCUCCCUCUUCUCUCCAGCUGUCCCAGGGCUGGUGGGAUGGGCGGGAGUGUAGGCUGCACACCAACAUUUCGUCUGGGUGGUCUGCAGGUUCCUGUUCCUGAAGAUCAUGGCCGUGCUCACUGAGCUGCGGAGCGUCAGUGCUAAGCAAACCCAGAGGCUGCUGCGCAUCCAGGACAUCCACCCCUUCGCCACUCCCCUCAUGCGGGAGCUCUUCAGCAUCACAGAUGGCUGA